AACUAAUACACGCUCCUGAUCCUUCCCGGGAGAGGAAUUGUCUCAUUUUCAACUCAACUCAAAUCAUAUAAUCAAUUCCUUUUCCUCAACAUCGCAUCAUAAUCCCUCCUUGUCUUCUCGAAUUCCUGAUCUCUAGGGUUUUGGGUUGUGGAGGCGAAGGGGAUUGUGUGUGUGUUUGAGAGAAUAGAGAUUGCUUGUAAACUCAAAGACUAUGGCGGUUUCUAGUGCCUUUGUUGUUAGCCCAAAGCUGGAGACUUUGUUGACGGAUCCGCAUAAUCCAUCUUCUUCUCCGGCGCCGUUGGGUAUGAUUCCGAUUCGUCCUCUUCCGAUGAACAAUAGGACAAGGCGAGGUCUGAUCCAGAGAGCCCGUUGCGAGAUUUCUGCGUCUAAGGCAGCUAGCAUCUCGGCUCUUGAGCAGCUCAAGUCUUCUGCUAUUGACAGAUACACAAAGGAAAGAAGCAGCAUUGUGGUGAUUGGGCUAAGCAUUCACACAGCUCCUGUGGAGAUGCGUGAGAAGCUUGCCAUUCCAGAAGCUGAAUGGCCACGAGCUAUCGCCGAGUUGUGCGGUUUAAAUCAUAUUGAAGAAGCUGCUGUACUCAGUACCUGCAACAGAUUGGAGAUUUACGUUUUGGCUCUAUCUCAGCACCGUGGAGUCAAAGAAGUCACUGAAUGGAUGUCUAAGACAAGUGGAAUCCCUGUUUCAGAGAUCUGUCAGCACCGUUUUCUGUUGUACAACAAGGACGUCACGCAACAUCUAUUUGAAGUCUCGGCUGGUCUGGACUCCCUUGUCCUAGGAGAAGGUCAGAUACUUGCACAGGUUAAACAAGUUGUUAAAUUAGGUCAAGGAGUCAAUGGAUUUGGGAGAAAUAUCAGUGGGCUAUUUAAACACGCAAUCACGGCUGGGAAGCGUGUCAGAACAGAGACAAAUAUCGCUGCUGGUGCUGUUUCCGUCAGCUCUGCUGCCGUCGAACUUGCUCUCAUGAAGCUUCCAGAAUCUUCUUCACAUGCUAGGAUGUUGGUGAUUGGUGCUGGAAAGAUGGGGAAGCUUGUAAUUAAGCACUUGGUUGCUAAAGGUUGCACUAAAAUGGUGGUUGUGAACCGAAGCGAAGAGAAAGUUGCAGCUAUCCGCAAGGAGAUGCCGCCUAGUGUUGAGCUUAUUUAUAAACCCCUUGAUGAGAUGCUAACUUGUGCUGCAGAAGCCGAUGUAGUUUUUACUAGCACAGCUUCAGAGACACCACUGUUCUUCAAGGAGCACGUAGAGAUUCUCCCUCCUGUUGCAGACGCGAGGCUCUUCGUUGAUAUAUCUGUUCCUAGAAACGUUGGGUCUUGUGUCGCUGAUUUGGAUGGUGCACGGGUUUACAACGUGGAUGACCUCAAGGAAGUCGUUGCUGCCAAUAAAGAAGACAGGAUGAGGAAAGCAAUGGAAGCUCAGGAUAUAAUUACAGAAGAAUCCAAACAGUUUGAGGCGUGGAGGGAUUCGCUGGAGACGGUUCCAACAAUCAAGAAACUGAGGGAAUACUGUGAGAGAAACAGAGCUGCUUUGGUUGAAAAGUUCAUGUCGAAAAAUGGCAAUGGCAUGGACAAGAAGACGAGGAAAGCAGUAGAGGAUCUAACCCGAACUUUAGUGAACAAACUCCUGCACGGUCCGAUGCAACAUUUGAGAUGCGAUGGGACUGAUAGCAGAACGCUGCGAGAGACGCUAGAGAACAUGCAGGCUCUGAACAGAAUGUAUGGACUCGAUGUGGAGUUACUCGAGGAGAAGAUUAGAGCAAAGGUGGAACAAAAAUAGAGAGUAUCUGUUGCAUUCAUUUUUUAAGGUUCGUAGAGUUCAAACGGCACGCCUUUGUAAUAUACAAACUUGAGUAGAGAGUGAAGAUAGCUUCUGAGCAGGGCCGGUCCUGAGGCCAAGCAGAGCAAGUUCAUGCUUAAUUCUGAGGAAGAUGUUCUGAUUGAUGUCCUUGAUGAGAAGUAAGCCAUAAUUGUUUCAUUACGUUUGUGUUUUAUAUUUACAUUUUUUAUACUUAUACUGUUGCGUAGAAUAAUAAUCAUAAAUUGAAGAAGCAAGCAAAAGGGUGUGAAGAUGAUUUUAAUUUUUUUAGAAGUUAGCACUAUUGUUUAGUUAAGAGACUUAAGACAUAAAGAAAGCUGGGACCCAAUAAGCGGUAGAUCAGCGACUUCACAUAAAA